AUGCCAUUACUCCAGCAGAUACCAUCAGAACCAAGCAUCUUACCAUCUGUUCCAGAUUGUCCACAUUGUCAUGCUAAACGCUUUUACAUGGAACCACCAAGAUUUUGUUGUGCAUCAGGAGAAAUUCGUCUAGCAGAAACAAAAAUGCCAAAUAAGCUACUGCAACUCUGUAGAGGGAGCAGUCCUGAAGCUAUUGAAUUUAGACAAUGUAUCAGGAGCUACAACAAUAUGUUUGGUUUUACAUCAUUAGGAGUUCACUAUGACAGAGAACUGAGCAAAAGAAAUAAAGGCAUUUACACAUUUCGAGUUCAAGGACAGAUCUAUCAUUUUGUCAAUCCACUCAAACCUUCUGAUGGUGAAAAGGCAUCAAAUCUCCAGCUAUAUUUUUAUGAUACAGAACAUGAAGUACAGAAUAGAAUGGUUCUUUCAGCCAAGUUCAGGGAAUCAAUUGUUCAGCAGCUAAAAUCUGUUCUUGAUCACAAUCCUUAUUCUGUAUUUAUCAGAAGAUUAGCAUAUAUUAAAGACCUGGAUAGAUACAGAAUUUUUCUCAAGUCUAAUCCUGGACUGGAUCAACGUGUAUUCAACAUUUCCUCAGCAUCUCAAGUUGCAGCAAUUUGGUUGGAUAACGACACUCUUAAUGGAGACAGUUCAAGAGAGAUUGAAAUAUGUACAACAACAAGAAACAGAAAAAUAGUCAAACAACAUUAUGGUUGUUAUGACACAUUACAAUACCCAUUGAUAUUUCCUUCUGGAGAGACUGGAUGGCAUCCUGGAAUACUUAGAAAAACAAAAACUCAGAUUCUUCGGGACCCUCAUCAGACUUGUGAAAGAGAACAUUUGAUUUCUAUUAAUCAAUGCACUGAUAUAGAAGAAGUACUCACUGCAGAGCAAAUUGCUGCUAGAAAGAAAAAAAAGCAGAGGCCAACUGUUUCAUGCAGAGAAUAUUAUGCCUACAAGUUUCAAAUGCGAGAUGCAGACCAAUCAAACUUACUGCAUAUCGGCCGUCUAUUGCAGCAAUAUUCUGUUGAUACUUAUGUGAAGUUAGAGACAUCACGCCUUGAAUUUCACGGAAAUAAACAAAACAAAUUGACGACAGAAGCUUAUCAGGGGUUACUAGAUGUCAUAGCAAAAGGUCACACAAAUGGAUCAAAUGUGGGAAAACACAUUAUUUUGCCUGCAAGUUUUAUAGGAGGACCAAGAGAUAUGCGACGGCGAUAUAUGGAUGCCAUGACUCUCGUGCAACGUUAUGGAAAGCCAGAUAUCUUCCUCACAAUGACCUGCAAUCAAUCUUGGCCUGAAAUAAAGAACCAUUUGCUUGAAACAGAUGAAUCUCAGAACCGACCUGAUUUGAUUACACGAGUAUUUCGUGCAAAAAUAGAACAGUUGAAAGAAGAUCUUUUCAAGAAACAUCUUUUUGGUCAUGUUGCUGCUUACACAGCUUCUGAUAGGCACAAAUCACCAUAUCUAUAUUCUCUGGUUAUAAAGCACAUGCUUCAUGGACCUUGCGGAUCAAUGAAUCCAACUAAUCCCUGCAUGCGGCAAAAUCACAAGUGCAGAAAUAACUAUCCCAAGGAUUUCUCAGAGUAUACAAAGUAUGGAAAAAACUCCUAUCCUAUAUACAAGAGACAAGAUGAUGGCAGAAAAGUAUAUAUCAGAGAACACGAGCUAGAUAACCUAUGGAUUGUCCCUUACAACCCAUAUCUGCUUGCAAAAUAUGACUGUCACAUCAAUAUUGAAAUAUGUUCUGCUAUUGAAGCUGUCAAGUACAUCUAUAAAUAUAUAUACAAAGGUCAUGACAAAGUGAUAUAUCAAUUGACAGCAGAACAAGCAGAUAAGAUCAUUGAUGAAAUAAAAAAUUUCCAGUCUGCAAGAUGGGUAUAUGCUUCUGAAGCUAUGUGGAGGAUCUAUGCUUUUGAUCUCAAUGUUAUCAGUCCAUCAGUAAUUUUGCUUCAUCUCCACCUUCAAAACUGCCAAUCAAUGUGUUUCGAUGAGAGUCAGCCUUUAACAGAUGUAAUCCAGGAUGACAAACUUUCCCGAACAAUGUUGACAGAAUUUUUUUCAAUGAAUCGAACAAAUGAAAAUGCAGAAAAUCUUAAUCUGCUAUACAAGGAAUUCCCUCAGCAUUUUGUAUGGGAUCAAGAUGACAGAAUAUGGUAUACCAGAAAACGAGGUCAAGUCAUUGGUCGUGUAAUAAUAGCACAUCCAAUUGAAGGAGAGAGAUAUUAUCUAAGAAUGCUUCUCAUGCAUGUUCGGCGACCCACAUCCUUUGAUGAUCUAAAAACAGUAAAUGGUUAUCUAACUUGCUCAUUUAAAGAAGCUGCACAAUUACGAGGAUUGCUUCAUAUAGACAAUGGAGCUCAAGACUGCUUAUCAGAAGCUAUUGUUUAUAGAAUGCCACAAUCUUUAAGACAGCUAUUUGCAGUCAUCUUAGUCCACUGCUCUCCACCUGAUCCACAAAAGCUGUGGUCACAAUUCCAACCAUUCUUAUCAGAAGACAUUGCAGCAGACUCAUCUUUAUCAAAAGAUCAAAUCAUCACAAAAGCCCUUGCUUCAAUUGAUGACUAUUUACAAAUAAUGGGAAAAAGCAUAAAGCAAUAUGGCUUCUCAGAUUUUAUUCCAGAUGUUCAAUUCAGCGAUCCUACAAAAGAAAUACAAGCUGAACUUGCAAUAUCUGUGUCCAGAGAAGAUUUGGCAGCAGUUUCUAUGCUCAAUCCUGGACAACAAUUUGCAUUUGACAGAAUAAUGCAAAAAGUGAAUACAAAUACAUCAGCUGCAUUCUUCAUUGAUGGCCCUGGUGGCACAGGAAAAUCUUUCCUUUAUAAAACACUCCUUGCAACAAUUAGAUCAAGAUGCGACAUUGCAUUAGCAACUGCAACAUCAGGAGCAGCUGCAUCAAUACUUCCAGGAGGCCGUACUGCUCAUUCACGGUUCAAAAUUCCUCUCCAUCAUGAAGCUAACAACACAUGCAAUCUUUCUAAGCAAAGUUCAAUAUCCCAACUGAUCACAGUUGCAAAGCUCAUAAUAUGGGAUGAAGUAGCAAUGGCCAAAAAAUAUGCAAUCGAAUCCUUUGACAGAUUGCUUAGAGAUCUGUUGAAUUCUGAUCAGAUUUUUGGUGAAAAAAUCAUUGUUUUCGGUGGAGAUUUCCGGCAAACGCUGCCAGUUGUCAGAAAAGGUCAAAAGGAAGAUUACAUUUCUGCAUCAGUUUUCAAUUCAUAUGCAUCCUUAGACACUCUCAUCACCACUGUUUAUCCAUCCUUCUCUAGCUUUCUACCUGGUAAUCUUGCACUCAUUAACAGAGUCAUUCUCACCACAACAAACGAUAUUGUCCAUGAAGUCAAUCAAAUUUUGAUCCAGAAAUUCCCUGGAGAAGAAGUCAGAUAUGGAACACAGGUGCACUACUGUCAGCAAGCUCACAGGCAAAUCAAACGUUGGAUAAUAAAAGUCAUCCUCAUUGAAAAAACAAACAUCUUCAGAGGAAAAGACCAAAACACCUUCCAACGCUUCAUGUUUGAAGAUGACCAGAAUGAAUCAAUCCAAGCAAUUGCUUUCACCAGAGACGUAAACUAUACAGAUAGCAGGCUUGAUCUUUACCGUACUUAUUACAUUGGCAAUGCUGCUAUCUCAGCAAUCACUGAUCAAAGAAACCAAGCUGGUUCUGUACCAUGGUGUGAUGAAAAUAAACCAUACAUUGAAAAAGUCAUCACUCAGAAGCGCUAUGAAAAAAGCAAUCAAAAGCUGAUUGCUCCACCCCAGACUCAAAUCAGACCGAUCUCACAGAUUCUUAGCUCUUCAGAACUGAUCAAAAAUUUUUGGAUCAAAGGAACUCCAUUGAUAGCCAACUUUGAGCAGAAAUUUUUUGUUCCUAGCUGUGCUACAUGUGGUAAAUCAACGGGAGCAAUGAUGGAUAUUGAAUUUGACUGCAGCUUCUGUGAAACAAAAGACAGAAAGCCAAAACCAAAAGCAAAGCUCCAACUUAACAUACAUGAUGACACUGGCUACUUGCCUGCUACCGUUGAAGAAAAAUAUGCAGAAGCUCUGCUUGACAUCACUGCGACUGAAAUCUAUGACAGAUAUAUCAAGAACAUCCCCAUUGCUAUUGAUGCUAUCAAUGAAAAAAUUCAGCAGCAAAGAUUGCUUUGCGAGAUGAGAUCAUAUCUACCAUCUCACAGACAAUUUACUCCUCUUUACUUUCUCACUGCCUUCCUUCCUGAUAAGUCAUCACCCCAUCCUCUUCUCGAACACACAACUGAACAAAAAACCCCAGAACCAGAAGUAAACCAAUUGAUUGACACGAUGGCUCCAUCAGAGAAGCUGAUAACCCCAACCACUCCUGUUGAUAAAUGUACACCUGCUGUCACUUCCACCUCAGUUUACACAAACAUUACUUCAGCUGGAUCUUCCACAUCCCAGAUGACUGCUCUUCCUGAAUCUAACACUCCAACGUUGCCCAUAUCUGCCAAACGUAGCUUAGAUGACCAGUUUGACCAGGAAUCCAAGCAUCAGAAAAUCACAUGA